AUGAUCAAGCUGUGUAACGUUUCUUCAGGCAUACAGGUGUAUGCUAAGAAAGGAAAACGACGAAGUGGUGGCGCUGACUACGUGGAACAGCGCCACAAGUCCACCGUUUUCAACGUUGUGCUACUAGGCUACCAGAAAAGCAGGGAAGUGAACAUUUUAUUACAAAUAGAGAUAACUAAAUGUGAUAGGCGUGCAAUACGCGCACCUCCAGUAGCCCCACCCUUAUGUAGACCUGUGUGGGGUUUAGGACGAAAACAUCACACUAUUGUGUCUACCGACAAGCACACCUAG